CCCAAAUGGAUCAGGCUAGUGAUACCACGUUCAACGUAAAACUUUUGUUUGGGUAAACACCCUCUUAAUCAAACUAAAUAACCAUCAAAAUUUCAAAACUAUGGCUUCUGCAUCUUUCUUCUUCCUUUGAAUUUACUCAUUCCACUAUACCCAUCCCCAUCUACCCUACCCAAGUACCCAACCAUCCGACUGAUCCUGACCACUACCCUUCACCUUCCCCAUUCUUGAACCCCUUUAAUAUUUCACUUUGUACAUUAUUCUUUCUUUAAUAAAACAAGAUUGAGAUCCCAAUAUAGAACUGGGUCUGUUUUUUUGGACAUGGUGGAGACGGUAACGACACCGUUUUGGUGGCGAUGUACACAAUUCCACCACCCGCGUCGAUGGUUACCGGCAGUUUUCAUAACUCACAAAGCCAUUAUCACUGCGCUAUGGAUCGCCUUUUUAGUAACCCUUUUCUGGUGGCAGAUGGAUUCUACUACUACUGGAAUCUUGAUUUUCCGGCGAGUUUUCCCGGCGAGGCAGCUGCCGAGUCUCCGGCAUGUGGGGUUUAACUUGACGGACUUUGGUGGGGUUGGUGAUGGUGUUACUGUAAAUACGGCAGCUUUUGAGAAGGCAGUAUUAGCAAUUUCUAGAAAAGGUGGAGGGCAGCUAAAUGUGCCACCUGGUUAUUGGUUAACGGCGCCGUUUAAUCUUACUAGUCAUAUGACUCUGUUCCUUGCUGAAGGUGCUGUUAUAUUGGGUGUUGAUGACGAGAAGUACUGGCCUCUCAUGCCUCCAUUACCUUCAUAUGGAUAUGGAAGAGAGCAUCGUGGACCACGUUAUGGAAGUUUAAUCCAUGGCCAAAAUCUCAAAGAUGUAGUAAUCACAGGGCAUAAUGGUACCAUUAAUGGGCAGGGUCAAGCCUGGUGGAAGAAAUUCCGGCAGAAGCUUCUUAACCAUACCAGAGGACCGCUCGUGCAGAUCAUGUGGUCUACUGAUAUACUAAUCUCAAAUAUAACUUUACAAGACUCUCCCUUUUGGACGCUCCAUCCAUACGACUGCAAGAAUGUAACAAUCAGGAAUGUUACGAUCCUGGCACCCAUUGCUGGGGCUCCAAAUACCGAUGGCAUAGAUCCAGAUUCUUGUGAAGAUGUGCUGAUAGAGAAUUGUUACAUCAGUGUCGGCGAUGACGGCAUUGCAAUAAAGAGUGGAUGGGAUCAGUAUGGAAUUGCUUAUGGACGGCCUUCCAAGAACAUACUCAUCCGAAACCUUGUUAUUCGUUCCAAUGUCAGCGCUGGUGUAUCAAUAGGGAGUGAGAUGUCCGGCGGAGUGUCAAAUGUCACUGUGGAAAAUGUCCUUAUCUGGAACUCGAGACGUGCUGUACGCAUCAAAACAGCACCUGGAAGAGGAGGAUACGUUCGCGAUAUAACAUACAGGAACUUGACGUUUGAGAAUGUUAGGGUGGGAAUCGUCAUCAAAACAGAUUACAAUGAGCAUGCAGACGAGAGGUUCGAUCCCAAAGCUCUCCCUGUACUGAAGGACAUAAGCUACACAUCAAUCCAUGGCGAGGGAGUGCGCGUACCUGUUCAAAUCCACGGGAGUAAAGAAAUCCCGGUGAAGAACGUUACUUUCAGAGAUAUGUCAGUCGGGCUAUCAUACAAGAAGAAGCAUAUAUUCCAGUGUGCUUUCGUUCAAGGUCGUGUUAUAGGUACUAUCUUCCCCGCCCCUUGUGAGAACCUCGAUCUAUAUGACGAGCAAGGACAUUUGAUCAGACGUUCUGAUUCUCAAAACGCGACAGACAUAGAUUAUGACAUUUGAAAUGGUUCCAUAUCCAUUUUCCAGGGCUAGAUUUCUCCCACUGCUCCUCAUUUCAGUUAACUACCAUUGCCAUUUUUUUUUUCUUUUUCUGAAUACAUAUUUGUCCCCUGCAUUAUACAUACAUAAAGAAGUCCUUUAAUGUAUUCAAAUCCACAGAUCCAAUGUAAAGAACAGCUCCUUUGUUACUGUACAGAAUCUUAGUUCCAUAAAGGUAAUGUCUCAGCAUCUUUGUUUUUUCU